AUGAUUCACACACCAGAUCACUCAGAGGAACCAGCCAUCACUAACCAGACUUUACCCACAGCUACACUGACUGUAGAGCCCAAAAGGAGUCCUGUGUUCACUGGAGAGUCAGUCACUCUGAAGUGUGAGAUAGAGUCUCACAGUAACUGGAGUUAUCAAUGGUAUAAAGGCAACAGUAGCACUGCAGUAAAUCAGUCUCAGACAAACACCUUCACCAUCAGAUCAGCAGCAGAUCAGGAUCCGUACUGGUGUAGAGGAGAGAGAGAUAACAGACCCUCAUCAUCACAACUCAGCAAUCCUGUUACUCUCACAGUGAAAGGUUCUGGAAGUGGUGUAAUAGUUGGACUGUCUGUGGGGCUCAUCAUCAUUGUUGUACUGGGCCUGUUUUGGUGCUACAAGAAGAAAAAAGGAAAUCAGCAGAACACCAAUCAGACACCAGACCAGAGUCAGAAUCCAGGAUCCACACUGAUGCAGACCGAUUCUGGACCUGAACCUGGUGAUAUGACUUACGUUCAAAUUGAUCUGAAAGAGAAGAAGAAGCCGAAGAAAAUUCGGGACAAGCUGCUUGAAGAUGAUUCUGCUGCUGACUCCAGUGAUGUAACUUAUGCACAAGUUAUAAUAAAGAAAAAGAAAUUCAGAGGAAAAGCGACAACAUCAGAUGAGGUGACAUAUUCCCAGAUUGCGAUGAAAAGCCUGAAACAGGACAGCAAAGGUUCUGGACCUGAACCUGGUGAUUUGACUUAUGCUCAAAUUGAUCUGAAAGAGAAGAAGAAGCCAAAGAAGCCGAAGAAAACUCAGAACAAGCUGCUUGAGGGGAAGAGCAGUGAUGGAGCUGAUACUGUCUACUCAGAACUGAAGCACUGAAUAACAAAGGUCCAUGAUGAAAGCCUGUGUGCCUUAAAUCCUCAAAAAGAAGUUCCUGAAAAGUAUCUUGUCUGCCCAGAUGUGUCCUCUGAGUUCUCUCGUAGUGAGAAUGGUAAAUGUGUGUAUUAGAGAGUGUAAUACUGGUGUUACUGCACUAUUCAAAACUAGCCAUUUACAGUGACGCCUGAUUGGAGAUUUAAAGGUGCAGACAGAAGAUGCAGGAUGUGAACUUCAAACCUUCAUUUUAACAUUUUAAAGUUCUACUUUCUUUCAGACGUUUCUGUAAAUUUUGUGUUAAAAGGAAAACAGUCUUAGUUACUCGUUUGUUGACUGUAACUCAGUUAA